GCUAGUCCAGGCAGACUGUCGCAGUGACUGAAGCGAGGGCAACAUGCCAGUAGAGAUCGAGACGGCAUCACAUCGAGACUCUUCAUUCAGACGGGCGGUUUUAUGUUACUGUGCGAGGGAAUCUGCGAGGCAAGGGAACACACCAACCAUAGCGAGAACGGGCGGAUUUAAAUAUGGCGGAUAGACAGCAAGGAGGACAGCGUGGAGGUCGCGGUCGUGGUCACGGAGGCGGUGGUCGAGGUGGCGGAGGCGGUGGUCGAGGUGGCGGAGGUGGUGAUCGUGGAGGCGGCGGGGGCUUCAACCAACAUGGAGGUGGCGGUGGUGGUGGCCGCGGUGGUGGAUAUGGCGGAAAUGGUGGAAAUGGCGGCGAUCUUAACAGAGGCCAUACAUCGGGUCAAAAUUGGCCUUCGUUGGGACAGCAACAGCCGCAGCAACAAUUUCAAGGUUGGAAGCAACCCCAGCAAAAACCACCGCAGCAACCGCAACAGCCAGCGCCUGUACAACAACAACCACAACAACAACCGCAACAACAACCACAACACCAACCUCAGAAGCAACAACCUCAACAACAACCCCCACCGCAAACCGAAUCAACCGGUGCUGUACAGCGUAGGGGUGCCACUGGCGGAGAAGCACCUGGCCGCGGAGGUGUACGCAAUCAGCGUGUGCUGCAGGAUAUCGUCCGAUCGCGGCCGUUGGACAGCAAAGUGGUGAAACAAGGAAAAACUGGAACUCCCAUCAUGCUGAAAACGAAUUACUUCCGUGUUCAACGGAGGGACGAUGAAGCAAUUUUCCAGUAUCGCGUUGAUUUCAAUCCUUCGGUGGAGAGCAUCAAGUUGAUGCAUUCUAUUAUACAAAAUCUGAAGGGCACCAUUGGUGGAUAUAUUUUCGACGGAACGCAACUGUUCACCAGACAUAAAUUGCGAUCUGAAGAAGUUGAAAUAACCACCAAAGAGUCCACUACUGGAAAUGAUUACAUUGUGAAGCUGCGAAAAGUCGGCGUAGUAGAUGGCACGAAUGAGAUGGCGUUUGUGAUCUUCAAUCUGAUCAAUAGAAGGGCGAUGGCCGGUCUGAAGCUACAGAUGAUCGGACGUAAUUACUUUGAUCCUGUGGCGAAGGUCGCCAUCAGUCAAUACGGCAUCGAGUUGUACCCUGGAUACGUGACGAGCAUUCGCCAACAUGAACAAGAUGUUCUGAUGUGUGCAGAGAUAACUCAUCGUGUGAUGCGUACGGAUACGUGUUAUACGAUGUUCAAACAAUGCGCUAACCAGGGCGGAAAUUGGAGAGAUAACUAUAAACGUGCGAUUUUGGGAUCGGUCGUAAUGGCUACCUAUGGUAGGAACAAUACGUACACAAUCGCCGAUGUGGAGUUCAACACAAGUCCAGAGAGCGCAUUCGAUGCAGCUGGUACACGGGUUACGUUUAUGCAGUACUAUAAGGAUCGGUACAACAUUACAAUUCGCGAUCCCCGUCAGCCUAUGCUGGUGUCUCGUGCUAAGCAGAGGGAUAUUCGAGCUGGAAAGUCGGAGCUAAUCUAUCUUGUUCCGGAACUUGUUCGAGCUACUGGCAUUACCGACGAAAUGCGGAAGAACUUCAAUCUGAUGCGAACGCUUGCUGAUCAUACUCGAUUGACGCCGGAUAAACGUAUACAGCGCUUGGAGCAUUUUAACCUUCGAUUACAACAGUCGAAGGAAAGCUCUGAAAUCUUCCAGUUUUGGAAGACAGAGUUGGAUCGACGCCUAGUCGAGGUGCCGGCAAGAGUGCUUAGACCAGAAGAAAUCUUUUUCCAUCCUUCGCAAGAAAAUUACAAAGUGACGGCAGGAGACGUAGCCGAUUGGCAAAUGGCCUUCAGAAACAAUCCAAUGUAUAUCUCGAUUCCGUUGGUCAACUGGUACUUUAUUGUGCCGGCAGGAUCGGAGAAGCUUAUGGUUGAUUUUAUGCAGUGUCUGAAGCAGGCUGCCAGAGGGAUGCGUUUCCAAAUUGAGGAUCCCAACAGAGUUGUCAUCCAGAAUGAUUCACCGGCAGUUUAUGUCGAAAGCUUAAACCAAGUGGUCCAGCGCGAUCCUCAGUUGGUUAUGUGUCUGGUGAGCAAUGACAAGGCUGAUCGUUAUGCGGCUAUCAAGAAGAAGAGUUGCGUCGAUAGAGCAGUAGCAACCCAGGUCAUUAAAGCCAGAACCAUCACACCGAAGGGUGGAAAUGUACGAACUCUCAUGUCUGUGGCGACAAAGGUUGCCAUCCAAUUGAACUGCAAACUGGGUGGAAUUCCUUGGGUAUUGAAGAAUCCUCUAACAUCGGUAAUGGUAAUCGGGUUCGACGUUUGCCACGAUACACGCGACAAGUCUAAAUCGUUCGGAGCGAUGGUUGCGUCAAUGUAUGGCGGUGGAUGUAAGCAUCCGAAAUUUUUUUCGACCGUUAAUCCCCAUACAAGUGGAGAAGAAUUGUCUAACUUCAUGGCACAGAAUGUAAUCAAAGCUUUACAUUCAUAUCGGAAUGAGUUUGCUGGAACGCUACCUCAGCGUAUCAUCGUGUACCGUGAUGGCGUUGGCGAAGGUCAACUACAAUACGUGUACCAACACGAAAUCACUGCUAUGAAGGAAAAAUUGAAUAUUGCCUUCAAAGAUCAACCAAAUGCUUCCAGACUGACGUUCUGUGUGGUGAGCAAAAGAAUUAACACCCGUUUGUUCCAAGGCGGCCAAAACCCACUGCCCGGAACAAUUGUCGAUGAUGUCAUAACUCUGCCAGAAAGGAAUGAUUUCUUCCUUGUUUCUCAAAGCGUUCGCCAGGGAACUGUGUCCCCGACCAGUUACAAUAUUCUUAGAGAUGAAUCCGGUCUGACUGCUGACCAGCUACAACUCUACACCUACAAGCAGACCCAUCUUUACUACAACUGGUCCGGUACCGUGGGAGUUCCAGCAGUUUGCCAAUACGCCCAUAAGUUAGCCUUCUUGGCUGGUCAACAUCUGCAUCAGGCUCCCAACAAUUUGCUGGAAAAGAAACUCUAUUAUCUGUAAACGUAAUGUUGCUGUUUCGAAUGUAAGCUCAAGAGAUCAAACGCGAAUGUUUGAUGUAAAGGAGCUUUUCUUAGAAUUUGGCUGUGCUUUCUAAUGAGCUUGGCAAGUGUUGUGAAGAAAAACUUGAGAUUUAUUGACAUAUUUCAUAAAGAAUAAAAAAUAACAUAGUACAAAAUGGAUGUGCUGCUUUACCCCGAAUGUUAGUUUACAAACGUCAGUUUCUCGAUUUUAUCUUCCCAGAAGUGUCCAUUGUUCCAAUUUUUUUUUUCAAUUUUAUUAGAGAGGUUUUAAUAAUCUCGUGAUCAUUCACCUCUAAUUGUUCCAAAUCUUUUCGUAAUAGAAAUUUCCUUUACUUUCCUGGGUAUAGAGUUUCAUAGUACCUGUCACAUGAUAUACGAAUGCAAAAAUGGCAACUUAGGCAAAACAAGCUCUCAGUAAAUAGCUGUGGAAGUGCUUUAGAACACUCAGCAGAGAAAUAGGCUCCGUCCCAGUUGGAACGUACUAUCGAUAAGAGAAAAUCUUGUAGUGUUUCGCGCACCAUAUUUUAAGUUCAGUCAGCACUGUCUAGUUUUCCUUCCUAGACAUCACCCCAUUUAACAUUGCGUGAUGCACUUCUAAGAGUCAAGAAAUAUGAAUUGAAAAAAAAAAAUCGAGUACAUUUUCUUAUUCUAUAUUCUGAAACUUGCUCAAAAUGUCGAGAAAAGGGAAAGUUCACUUUGGCAAAAUGUAUGAAAAUAAUUCUACAAUCACGCUUUAAUUCAACCGGAGGUCUCACAUCCAGUAGAAAACAAAUAACCUGUUCAGGUUCAUUAGAUUGCAUUGCCGAGUUUAUCAUUUCCAUUUCAGAAGGUAGAAGUAUGUCGAACAAAAAUCAAAGCUUUUGUUUUACGAAUAGAUUUGUGAUUAGCUAUAAAAAUGUUCGUAAUAUUUUCAAAGAUUCAAUAAAAAAUUUAUAUCUUA